AUCCGGGGCAGCCGGGAAUGGCUGAGUCCGGGAUUCGCCGCCGUCCCUGCCGUCGCCGCCCGCUUUCAGUUGGCGCCGCAGAUGAGGAAGCUGAGGCUCAGAAAAGUGAAUGACUUGCCUAAGAAUCUUAUGCCUAUUGAGUGAUGGAGCAGGACACGUUUCCAGGCCACCUCCCUCUUUUAAAUAGAGGUCUUCCUGUGGCUCCCUACCCAGAUGAAUGGCAGUCUAAUAAUUAAAGUGAAAAGUCAUUACACAUGCCCAUGUUCACUACAGCAUAAUUCACAAUAGCCAAGAAGUGGAAGCAGCCCAAAUGUUUACGGGCAGGACCUUAGCGUCUUGAGGCAUUUGGGAUUCAUCACCCUCACGGCUGACCUGGUCGGAGUUCAGCAUGUCCAAGUUAAAAAGCUCAGAGUCGGUCAGGGUGGUGGUUCGCUGUCGGCCCAUGAAUGGCAAGGAAAAGGCUGCUUCAUAUGACAAGGUGGUAGAUGUGGAUGUGAAGCUGGGGCAGGUGUCUGUGAAGAACCCCAGAGGAGUGGCCCACGAAAUGCCCAAGACCUUCACCUUUGAUGCAGUCUAUGACUGGAAUGCCAAGCAGUUUGAACUCUACGAUGAGACGUUCCGACCGCUCGUGGACUCUGUCCUGCAGGGUUUCAAUGGGACGAUUUUUGCCUAUGGACAAACUGGGACUGGGAAAACCUACACAAUGGAAGGAGUCCGUGGUGACCCUGAAAAAAGGGGAGUCAUCCCUAACUCAUUUGACCAUAUCUUCACCCACAUCUCUCGAUCCCAAAAUCAACAGUACCUGGUUAGGGCUUCCUACUUAGAGAUCUACCAGGAGGAGAUCCGCGAUCUGCUCUCGAAGGAUCAGACCAAAAGGCUUGAGCUCAAAGAGAGACCUGACACUGGAGUGUACGUGAAAGACCUGUCUUCCUUUGUUACCAAGAGUGUGAAGGAAAUAGAGCACGUGAUGAAUGUGGGGAACCAGAACCGUUCUGUCGGUGCUACCAACAUGAAUGAGCACAGUUCGCGGUCUCAUGCAAUUUUUGUUAUCACCAUCGAGUGCAGUGAGGUGGGCCUCGAUGGCGAAAACCAUAUUCGUGUAGGGAAAUUGAACCUUGUAGAUCUUGCUGGCAGUGAACGGCAAGCCAAGACCGGUGCGCAAGGGGAAAGACUGAAGGAAGCGACCAAGAUUAACCUGUCCCUUUCUGCCUUGGGUAAUGUCAUCUCUGCCCUGGUGGAUGGAAAAAGCACUCACAUUCCAUAUCGGGACUCAAAGCUUACCAGACUCCUCCAAGAUUCUCUUGGUGGCAACGCUAAAACUGUGAUGGUGGCCAAUGUGGGGCCUGCCUCCUACAAUGUAGAAGAGACUCUGACCACUCUGAGAUACGCCAACCGUGCCAAAAACAUUAAGAACAAGCCGAGGGUCAACGAGGACCCUAAGGAUGCCCUCCUCCGAGAAUUCCAAGAAGAGAUUGCUCGGCUCAAGGCCCAGCUAGAAAAACGGUCCAUUGGCAGGAGAAAGAGGCGAGAGAAGCGAAGGGAAGGUGUUGGCAGUGGUGGGGGUGGGGAAGAGGAGGAGGAGGAGGGAGAAGAGGGUGAGGAGGAAGGGGAUGAUAAGGAUGAUUAUUGGCGGGAACAGCAAGAAAAGCUGGAGAUUGAGAAGCGGGCCAUUGUAGAGGACCACAGCUUGGUUGCAGAGGAGAAGAUGAAGCUGCUGAAAGAGAAGGAGAAAAAGAUGGAGGACCUGCGGCGGGAGAAAGAUGCCGCUGAGAUGCUGGGUGCCAAAAUCAAGGCCAUGGAAAGUAAGCUGCUUGUUGGAGGGAAAAAUAUAGUAGAUCACACAAACGAACAGCAGAAAAUUCUGGAGCAAAAACGGCAGGAAAUUGCAGAGCAGAAACGUCGAGAAAGAGAAAUCCAGCAACAGAUGGAAAGUCGAGAUGAGGAGACUUUGGAACUUAAAGAGACAUACAGCUCAUUGCAGCAAGAGGUGGACAUCAAGACCAAAAAACUCAAAAAGCUCUUCUCCAAGCUUCAGGCAGUGAAGGCAGAGAUCCACGACCUCCAAGAAGAGCACAUCAAGGAGCGGCAGGAGCUGGAGCAGACUCAGAAUGAGCUCACCAGGGAGCUGAAACUCAAGCAUCUUAUUAUAGAAAACUUUAUCCCUCUGGAAGAAAAAAGUAAAAUUAUGAAUAGAUCCUUCUUUGAUGAAGAGGAAGAUCAUUGGAAAUUACAUCCUAUAACCAGACUGGAGAAUCAGCAGAUGAUGAAGCGGCCAGUCUCAGCUGUGGGAUAUAAGAGACCAUUGAGCCAACACGCAAGGAUGUCAAUGAUGAUUCGUCCAGAGGCCCGAUACAGGGCAGAAAACAUUGUGCUGUUAGAGCUGGACAUGCCCAGCCGGACCACCAGAGACUACGAGGGCCCCGCCAUUGCCCCCAAAGUCCAGGCUGCAUUGGAUGCGGCUCUGCAGGACGAAGAUGAGAUACAAGUGGAUGCGUCAUCCUUUGAAAGUACCGCAAAUAAGAAAUCCAAGGCCAGGCCUAAAAGCGGAAGGAAGUCGGGAUCCUCCUCUUCUUCCUCAGGAACCCGUACAUCUCAGCUUUAUCCACAGUCUCGAGGGCUGGUUCCAAAGUAAAGCCAGUUCCUCCUCUCCCGGGGUUUAAACAGUGUUUGCCUUCUGAGAGAAGAGAUGAGCAAAUACCUGCAGAGAUGACUCCAGCCCAAACUCAGAACCAUUCCCCUGGGGAGAAGUGAUGGCCUCUUUGCAGAUUAACCAAUUUAAUCUGGCUGAAAGGUGCUGGUCCAGAUCCGGCACUCAGCACUGUCCUUUAAUUAGCAUCUCAGAAAUGCAUGGGUAAGGUAAAGCGCGGUAGUUGAAGUGGAAAGCAAGAGAAUGACCAGUGACCUUGCUUCCCUUCUCCCUUGCCUUCUUCUCCUCUCCCUACCCUAGCCUUCCGUCCUCUCCCCUCUCCUUUUCUAGCCUGUUCUUUACACUGGGCUCCCUUGUUGAGCAAUAGGGCAGAAUCAGGAGUCAUCUUAGUGGGACCAAGUCUUUGGAGCCUCAGGAUACAAUGAAAGUAAGGUUGAAAAAUGAAAGCCCUAGAACUUGAAUAGUGCUGUUCUUGUAGGUUGAAAUGAGAAAUCUCAUUUGGAUCCAAGCCCCAACUGGGCAUGAUCCAUGCUCCUCAGUAAAAAGUGGAUCUGCUUUUGGGAUCUGCUGAAUAAGGAAAUGUUUUCCGAGGAAGCUACCACUUUCUGCUCCGGAAGGAUUAAUGUUGGCAGCAAUAGAAAUCACAUUCCCUUUGCCUCCUUGGAGAGUUUAGGGAAACAGCUUCUUUAAAACCUCAAAACCAUGACCAUCCUGUCAAAGACGUUAAUCUGUAAGCUGAUGCCAUGUCCAUACACCGUGUCACUUUACUCUUCAUUUGUCACCAUCUUUAGCCAAGCGCGCGUACUCUGAGCGUCCCUUCCUCGGCCCGUCUGCCUCCAGAGCACGCUUUGCAGUGGGCCUACUUUGUGGGAGAGGGGAGGCUGGCUCUGUCUUCUCUGAUGGGACAAGAGUAGGGGGAAUGAGACAUAUGGUGGCACUUUUGAAUUCCCCAUUUUGUUCCAUAUUUGAAUAGAGACCCUAAGGGUGACUAGGCAGAUGCAGAGGCAGAGACACGAGGCUCGAUGCAGCGUGAAGGGAAGACCUAACAGGUGAAAGCAAAGGAACCCUGCUUGCCUUCAGCUGAAAGUCGCCUAAUCCUAGAGUUGUGGCUCCCCCCAGGCAGAACCAGAAGUGGUGGCGAGGAGCGGCUGUGUGAUUGAAUAGGCUCAGAGGAGAGAGUUAGAAAUUCCCGUUUACAUAAACUAGUGUGGUUUAUAGGUUUUAGUUCUUUGUAUUAUUGAAAUUCAGAGCUUCAUUUUUAUGUUGGUCAUUAAGUGAAUGUUACUCCUUUUCCCCCAAGAGAAGCUCAUAGGUGUGCGUGGGUGUGCAAGCACAAUGGUGCCAGUGUUCUUUGAGUGUGUCCCUGUGCGUCUGUAAGAGAGAGAUAGAGACCAAGAACUUGCCCCAUGUUAGAACGACACUAAUGUCCAGUUGUUACCUGUGUCCGCAUUAAAGGCCCACUGAAUGACGAGUGCAGGCUGGAAGCGCUCCCCUGUGGGUGUCUGAGUCCAUGAGCCAAGCCUGAGGGGACAGUGUAAGUCCCCAGGUCUGCCACACUGGUGUACCUUGCUGGCACGGUGCCUCAGGAAUGUGGCGACUCAGGUGGGCCUUGAGUUAUAUUUUAACUUAGCUGCUCAGUUCCCAGGGCACAUUUCAGGAUCAGAACCUGUGGGUGAGAGGAGGAACCAAGUGCAAUGUCUUAGCGUUCUACAAAUGGAGGUCUGCCAUCUGGCAGCUGAUCUCCUUUUUCGUAACCAUUCUUUCUGAACCCAGGGCCCUUUUCAGUAAUUCCCAGAGCAUAAUGGAGCCUUCCUUCAUCUUUCUUGGGAUCAAACCCUGCUUCUUCUUAUUUAGUAAAAUUUUACCUGUUUGAAUAGGAACCAAAUAACAAGGUGAUAGCCUAAGAUUACCUGCCGGUUACACCUGUCUGUUGCACCACAUUUUUUCAGAACUAGUAUGAAUUUUGUAGGCUGAAAAUAUUCACCUGGCCAGUCUGAGAACUGAACACUGCAGGUAACACAGUACCUUAUUACAGAUGUCCCGAGGUGGCUAUCUGACCAAGGGUGGUUAAGUGACCGUAGAACUUUUCUAAAAAGGCAAAAGAAGAAAGCCAGUUGACAAACAGGGUGAGUAAAACAAGCUUGCCUUGGUCUCAGCCGUGUUCAUCUGGUGGUCUGUGAGGAAAGCGGAAGAACACCUGUGUGAAGGAGAAGCCUUCCUUCCCAAGCAGUCUCUGGUGCUUUUCUUCUCUCAAAGUGGAUCCGAUAAAUAUUUGAAUAGAGCAGACAGUAGAAUGUCUUAUUGCUACCAGACAGCUGCUGCUUUCGGCUCUGAAUUGAGCCAAACGUUUGGAGGACCUCCCAAGCCCACCGAGGGACCAGGUUUUCCUGUCUGUAGUCGUGCUUCAAUGUCUCAGGCCAUCUGAGGGCCUUCGUGCCAGCAGCAGCUGGUGGAGUCUGGAAGCCAACCUAACAGUAUUUAAGGAGAUCAUCUGGAGAAGGAGUUUGAGACUGUGUGUGCAGCCCUCACCAGGCCCCAUUUUGCUCUGAUCAGUAGGAAUGUAUUUGGCUUCCUAGUUUAAAGUCAUAUGUCUCGCAGACCCCUGGAUUCAGAACCCAAGGCCAGAAAUCAUAGGCAUGAAGCACUUUCUUAAGACUGACCUAACAUUGGAUUGUUCCCUGUUGAAUGCCUGCCUGCAUGCUGCUUGAACCGCACCACCCACACCUCCAUGACCAAGUGCAUCAGAGAGUUCUGCAGCUCAGGUGUGGGCCGCUCUCUGCUUUUCCUGUCUGACUCUUGUAAGUCCUCUCUCACUGAAUGUAAAAUUGUUGCCAAGUUGCUGAGAAGUGUCGAUACCCUGCCGUUAACAUGGGAUAUCAGUUCUGCCUCACAUUUCCCACUUGAGGUCAAGGUUCACUGCAAGCAACAGCUUGGGCCAUCUGAACACCAUCAGUGGUUGAAAAUGGGGCUAUUAAUAUACUCUAAAAGCCAUAAUCAAAAUGCUCAGAGGGAACUGGAUAAGAAUAGUGGGCCUGGCUGUUGUCUAUCUCGCAAGGUUUUGUCUUGUACUGUUCAGAAAUCUGCCACCUUUCUCCCUGCCCUUGUUUCUUGAAUGACAUGCUUUUGAGGUUAUUUAUGAAAGGAGUAAUCCUGGUGCAGGAAGGAGGCAGUGGGCUUUAUGGCUCAUUAGAGUUACUAUUGAUCUUGACCUUCUCUUUGGCUACCUUUAGACAAAGAAUAUGCCAAUACUUGGGGCUUGAAGUUUUACAGUUGAUAUUUAUUUGUAUCAUCUCUUUGUCUAGGAAUGUAAAAGUGAUUCUAAACUAAGAUGUGUAAUAAAAACCAG